AAACCAAAUGCAUGGUUUGGGUUUCAAUAUGUUUUCAAUAGCUUCCCUUAUUUGCAUUAUUUUCAUUUUGAGGGCUGCAUCACAAGAUGUCUGCGACACCACUGACCAGGCCUCACGUGACGAUUGCCACCCAGAACCAAAUGCUGCUGAGACAACAUGCCGGGCGAGAGGGUGUUGCUGGAAUAAAGUUGACCAGCUUGGUAUACCAUGGUGCUUUCGACCACAGUCUAGAUCUGCAUCGUGUAGUAUACCAGACAUAGCACGCGGAGAUUGUCACCCAGAGCCAGGUGCUUCUCCUACAACUUGUGCCACAAGAGGAUGCUGUUGGAUGAGCUCAUCAGCCGCUGGAGCUUCCUGGUGCUUUUACCCAGCUGCCGAUAAGGGGUACUCUUUAGGAAAUAUCGCAGAAACCAGCACAGGAAAAUCAGCCAGCUUAUUAAAGGCACUUUCGUCAUCAUCACUCCCAUUUCCUAAACCUUUAUCAAAACUGAAAGUAGAUGUUCAAGAAGAGACUGAAACAAGGAUUCGUGUGAAGAUCUAUGAUCCAGCUACUCAACGUUACGAAGUACCAAUAGAUACACCAAAAGUAUUGUCGAAAGCAUCCAGUACUUUCUACAAUUACUCAAUAGAAGGGAAGCCAUAUGUUGGUGUGAAAGUUUCAAGAAAGUCGUCAUCUUCUGUGGUUUUUGAUAGUACAGUAGCACCAAUGACAUACACAGACCAAUACAUAGAGUUAACAGUAGCAGUACCAACCAGUAACUUGUAUGGUCUAGGAGAACGUACUGGUUCUUUGAAGCUGAAACCGGAAGAUGGACCUAAAAUCACAUUUUGGGCACGUGAUCAACCUCCAGAUCCGGACAAAAACUUGUAUGGUUCUCAUCCGUUUCUGCUAGGCGUAGAAUCUGAUGGCAACGCAUUCGGAAUAUUCCUACUUAACAGCAAUGCUAUGGAGGUAGGUCUUGUCAAAACGAACCCUGUAUCCGUCAACUACAAAACAACAGGUGGAAUUCUGGACUUUUAUGUUUUUCUGGGUCCAUCACCUGACGCAGUAAUACAGCAAUAUUCUGAAGUUAUUGGUAAGACUAUGAUGCCUCCAUACUGGUCUCUCGGCUUUCAUCUGUGUCGGUGGGGAUACACGAACACUGCAAAUCUACGACUGAUAGUUGAUGAUAUGCGUAAAAAGCAAAUACCUUAUGACACUCAAUGGGUUGAUAUAGACUACAUGGAUAGUUACAAGGACUGGACUUUGGACCCUAACAACUUCAAUGACUUACCAAAUCUUGUUAACGAUUUACAUAGUUAUGGAAUGCAUUUUAUACCAAUCGUAGACCCUGGAAUAAGCAAUACUGUAGGAUAUGCCCCUUAUGACGACGGAGUAAAUAGGGGAAUUUUUAUAAAGACUCAUGACAACUCAAGCUUCAUUGUUGGGAAGGUAUGGCCAGGUAACACUGUGUUUCCUGACUUUACUCAUCCUGAUGCAGGCAAUUACUGGUAUACACAUGCUAAGGCUUUCCAUGAUCAAGUCAAUUAUGAUGGACUCUGGAUUGACAUGAACGAACCAGCUAAUUUUGUAAAGGGUUCGUUAACAGGCUGCACAACAGGAACCAAUGACGCCCCUCCAUUUAUUCCACCUAUUACUGGAGACAUGACUGACAAAACAUUAUGCACUUCCGCUCAGCAACAUCUCUCAUCACAUUACAAUCUACACAGCUUAUAUGGACAUUUUGAAGCCAAAGCCACUUACGAAACAUUAAUGAGAAUUCGAGGUAAAAGAAGUCUUAUAAUUUCUCGCUCUACCUUUGCUGGCAGUGGAAUGUAUACUGGACAUUGGACUGGCGAUAACCAUAGUACCUGGGCUGAUCUGAUUUAUUCUAUCUCUGGUAUUAUCAAUUUCAACAUGUUUGGAAUCCCAAUGGUUGGUGCUGAUAUAUGCGGAUUUGCUGGUACAGUUGACGUUGAACUUUGUACCAGGUGGAUGCAAUUGGGUUCUUUCUAUCCCUUCAUGCGCAAUCAUCGAGACAGAGAUGGAGAUGGUCAAGAUCCAGCAAGUUCCCUGUUUGCAAGCACCUUACCUAUUAUGAAACAAGCAUUAGAACAGAGAUACAGACUUCUGCCUUACCUUUAUACUUUGUUCUAUAGAAGUCAUAAAGAUGGGAAGCCAGUAAUCAGACCUUUAUUUUUCCAAUUUCCACAAGAUCCAAAAACCUAUGAUAUCGACAGACAGUUUUUAUGGGGCAGUGGACUUUUGAUAUCUCCAGUUUUGGUCAAGGGAGCUACGACUGUAACUGCAUACCUUCCUGCAGGAAACUGGUUCGACAUAGAGACUGGUAUAGAAUCAAUGGGAGGAACACAUGUCUUUGAUGCUCCUCUCAGUAAAAUCAAUGCACAUAUACGUGGUGGUGUCAUUAUACCUACACAAGACCACGAUGUUACUACAACUAAAAGUCGAGUCAAAGACUUUACUUUAUUGGUGGCACUCACCACAACAGGUUUGGCAUCAGGAGAGUUAUUCUGGGAUAAUGGUGAAUCCCUUGGCACUACAGGUGGUCAAAAUAAUAAUUUUAUUGAAUUCAAAGCAGAAAACGCCCGACUCACAUCCACAGUUAUACUAUACGACUAUGCAGUAAAGAUGACACUAGGAUCAGUAGUUAUCUAUGGUGUCCACUCCAGACCAACUGUAGCUAAUUUUAAUGGACACCGUGUUCCUUUUUCGUACGAUAGUAGUGCUAAGGUUCUUCGAUUCCAACACCUGAAUGGAGAUUUAUUGAAGUCAUUAACGUUCACUUGGUCAUAAACUUGUAUGUAACUAUGUCAUUAUUCAUUAAAAAUCGUUCGGAUUAA